AUGGUUUUUCCCAAAAAAGGCCACAAUAAUGAUAAAAAAGUAGCUUCCAAUAGUUCCUUGGCCUCGAUGAACACCGAUCUGGCAAAUGACGGUAUGGUAGAGAUGUUGAUUGAUGUUGAAUCCCCGCCUUGUGUUUUAUAUGGAUCGGUAACAGAAUCCACUGGGUCUCUACUGAGUGGGUUGUUGAAAUUAAGAGUAAGGCGCCCGGAGGAUGCGAUUUCCGCCAGUGAACCGCUGACUCCCGUCAGCUCGCAUGGGCGCAAGAAGAAAACCAAUACAGGGUUUAAUUCCCUUUCCCAGACUUUCUCGAGUCUCUCAUUAGGGAAUUCAUCCGUAGGUCUGGCGGAAUCACCCAGGCCUAAUAAACCUCCACCUUUCAACGUCUCUAAAAUUAUCGUUAAAUCAGUGUCACUUUCCCUUGUUCAAAAAAUCCACUAUGCUAAACCGUACGUUGCGCAAGUAUCUGCAAUCCAGUCGUGUCCAGAUUGCUACAGUAAGGUGACUGAGCUUGCUAGGUGGGAUGUUGUCGUCAAAAAAACGGAAAUACCAAUUGGUGAUCAUGUUUAUCCGUUUUCACACUUAAUUCCUGGGUCAAUACCGGCAACAGUUUCUUUAGGUUCAGAGAGCAAGACUGAAAUAAAGUACGAAUUAGUUGCAGAAGCAUCUUACAAGCCGAUGCACAAAGAUGAAACCAAGGGCGAUCCGUAUAGUAAUGUUCUUCUCAGGCUACCGGUUCCUGUAACUCGAAGCAUUUUACGAGGUCCAGACAGAAACUCUUUGAGAAUAUUUCCUCCAACCGAUUUGGUAGCUACAGCUGUACUUCCGAAUAUAAUAUACCCUAAGUCUACAUUCCCCUUGGAAUUGAAGCUUGACGGUAUAUCGUCUGAGGGCAGGCGAUGGAGAAUGCGGAGACUUAACUGGAAAAUAGAAGAAAAAGGGCGUGUAAGGCUCCAAGCAUGCGAUGUUCAUAAGUCCAAACUGAAACACUUCCAGAAAGAAGUCUCAGAGGCCGACGCUCGCAAGAAAUCCAGCAAGAGCAAGCCUAUAAAAAGGAGUCACGACGCCGCGCCUCAAGUUACCACUUCUGUCUGCACUCUUGAGGAAGCUUUUUCAAUAGCGCAAGCGCCAGAAGAUCCAAACGCUGCACCUGCUCAACCCGCCGAGCAGGAUGAGAGCAACGUGUCUGAAGAGAAUGAUUUAAUCCACCCUAGUGACUAUGCGUUGCGUCAGGAAAGAGUGGCUGAGCAACAGCGCGUAAGAAAUGAAAUGCUACACCAAGAAAUGCCUCAAGGAACUGCACUCUUUACUGAAGAAGUGCGUACGAUAGCACAUGGUGAAAUUAAGAGUGGUUGGAAAAGCGACUUCACUGGCAACGGUAAGGUUGAGGUAGUGACAGAAAUCAACUGUAUGGGUCUGAACUCUGGUGUGAGUAAUCCCAUAAAUCGAGCAUCAAGCACUCGCCCCACCUUUGAUAGUGUGAAACAACCGAUAACUGUUGCUUGCGAUGUCGAAGAUCCGCAUCUGGGCAUAUACGUACAGCAUCUGCUUAUUCUUGAGGUAAUUGUCGCAGAGGAAAUGCUCCAGUACGCAAAUGGUCAGCCUCUUCACCCUGAACACAACUCAUCAUCUAAUACUAUUACGAGCAGUGGGAUUCCUGAUCAGAGAUUAGCGGAAGUCUCACCGAUGCUGGCAGCCCGUAAUUCAACGCCUCAAAAUGUUGCUGCUGAGCAGCAACACAGUGCUGAAAUAACACCUACACUUUCACAAUCCUCAUCUAAAACCUCUGGAAGUCACCGUGUUGUUGGUGUUCCAACGGGUGCUGCCCGUGUGUUGAGAAUGCAGUUCAGGCAGAAUAUAACUGAGAGGUCGGGGCUUGGCAUAUCCUGGGACGAUGAGGUUCCACCCACAUAUCAGGACGUCAGGCUUUUGUCCCCCCCUAGCUACGCAAAGGCAACGAACAAGGCUACAACGAAAUUCAUGCAAGCCACCUUAGAUGGUGAAGAUCAUAUGAAUGAGACUGACAUUAUCACACCAAUGAUCGACACACAGAUGCCUCUUCGUCCGCCACAAGCGCAUUCGCAUGAGGGUAGCGGCGAGCUUUUGUCACCUGUACAAUCCCCUCAGUUGGAGCAUAUCAUCAGUAUCCAAGGUAGUGCCGCUCUAGCACAUGUUCUCACCCCGAUGAACACACAGGAAGUCCAUUUACCCAGUUUAUCUGAGUUGAUGGACACCGAUAGAAUCACGCAGUAG